GUGGGGAAAAAAAAAACCCCCCAAAUAUAAACUUAUUAUAAGCCCUGCUAGCUAGCUCUGCUCUUAUACUCUCAGUUUUGCUCAUAACUGAAAUACAAGUAAACCCAAAGGUUGUGCACACUGCUUGUCAAUGGCGUCCGGAAGCUUUUUGUUUGCUGGUUCCGAUGCCGAAACAAGUAGCAGAGGGCUGGGAAGCGGUACCACGCUGCUCUGCACUCCGCUGAUGGGGACGACGGUGGAUGAAAUGCUGAUUGAGAUGGGAAAAGCCAAGGAAAUUGGUGCUGACGUUGUGGAGAUAAGACUGGACUGUCUCCGAGAAUUCAGUCCCCACCAAGACCUCGAAAUUCUAAUUCGAAAGUCUCCUUUGCCUACCCUCGUCAGUUACAGGCCAAUUUGGGAAGGGGGUCAAUACGAAGGUGAUGAGAAGAAGCGGCAAGAUGCACUUCGUCUGGCCAUGGAAUUCGGUGCUCAUUACAUUGAUGUCGAGCUUAAGGUUGCUGAUGAGUUCACCAAUUCAAUUUUUGGAAAGAAGCCGGAAAAGUUCAAAGUCAUCGUUUCUUCUCAUAACUUUCACAAUACACCAUCAACCGAGGAUAUUGGCAAUCUUGUCGCAAGAAUGCAAGCUGCUGGAGCUGAUAUAGUCAAGAUUGUAACAACUGCCCUUGACAUCACCGAUGUGGCACGUGUUUUCCAAAUCACCGUGCAUUCUCAAAUCCCAAUAAUAGGAAUUGUUAUGGGUGAGAGGGGUUUGAUUUCUAGGCUGCUAAGCCCCAAAUUCAAUGGAUAUCUGACUUAUGGUGCACUUGAGGCUGGUGCCAUAUCAGCUCCCGGGCAAACAACUGCAAAGGAUUUGUUAGACUUGUACAACUUCAGACUUAUCAAGCCAGAUACCAAAGUUUAUGGCAUCAUUGGGAAGCCAGUUGGUCACAGCAAGAGCCCUCUUUUGUUCAACGAAGCAUUUAAGAAAGUUGGUUUGAACUCGGUUUAUGUCCAUUUGCUGGUGGAUGAUGUGAAGAGGUUCUUCAACACCUAUUCAUCUGUUGAUUUUGCUGGAUUCAGUUGUACAAUUCCUCACAAGGAAGUUGCACUUGAAUGCAUGGAUGAAAUUGACCCGAUUGCCAAGAAAAUUGGAGCUAUUAAUAACAUUGUCAGAAGACCAGACGGUACUUUGAAGUCUUACAACACGGACUAUAUUGGUGCCAUUUCUGCAAUUGAAGAUGGGCUACGAGAGUCAAAUGUUUCAAUCCCUGCAGUUGGUUCACCCUUAGCUGGUAAAUUGUUUGUCGUCUUGGGAGCUGGAGGUGCUGGUAAGUCACUUGCAUAUGGUGCACAGCAAAAGGGAGCAAGAGUUGUUGUUGCAAAUCGCACAUUUGAACGAGCCAAGGAACUGGCUGAAAAAGUUGGCGGGAAAGCCUUGACUCUUGAAGAAGUGAAUGAUUUCCAUCCCGAAGAAGGAAUGAUUCUUGCAAAUACUACAUCUGUAGGGAUGAAACCCAAUAUCAACUCAACCCCAAUAUCCAAGGAAGCCCUUAAGCAUUAUGACCUAGUUUUCGACGCGAUUUACACGCCAAAAGAUACCAGGCUCUUGCGAGAGGCGAGAGAGUUUGGAAAGAUAAUUGUUUACGGAACAGAAAUGUUGAUCCGGCAGGGAUUUGAGCAAUACAAAAACUUCACAGGUUUGCCAGCUCCCGAAGACCUAUUUAGGGAACUCAUGUCAAGGCACGCGUAAGGAGGAUUUCGUAUGCAAGAGUGUAGCUGAAACUGUGCUUCUCUGUUUUCAAAUCCGAAUCUUGUGAUUUGUACUUCUGAAUGAGAAUAAGUUUGUGAUGUCCUUUUAUUGGGAAGACUUAAAACAUCGAUCAUGAAAACUUUAAAGAGUC